AUGACGAAAGGCCAGGCCAUCCAGACCAAGAUCCACUACCAGGGCAAGGAGGAUGACUUCGUCAUCUUUGUCGAUGACGUCGAGACUAUGAAGAAGUGGAAGGAGGACAAGUCGGUUCCCAUGGUUCAGUUCAUCUCCGCGUUCAAAAUCUUCGUCACACACAAGCAAGGAGCACAAGGCCAGAUGGACGGCGCUUCCAAAGCGACACUGGAGAAUGAGUUUGGCACCUCGAUCGAUGAGGAGGUUAUCAAGCAGAUCCUGGAGAAGGGCAGUUCUCAAGAGACCGAGUUCCCCGAGCGCCAAGGCCCCAAGAAUGACGCGCAAAUGGGUUCGAUUACCACUGGCCCACGAUAG